GUCAACUAUUCCAUCCCACCUGUGUAGAUACCAAGUUAUUACACAGAGUUGAAAGGCUAUCUUAUAUGCUUUUAGUACCUAUUGGUGUUGCAACAAAUUAUCUUCAGGCCGAGGAGUAGACGUCUUGCUCUCAACUUAAUAAAUUUCUCUUCUUAACUACUUUUGCACUCUAUUUUUCUUCUUUUAUCAACACAGCUAUAGGACUUCAUAUGUGUAUGUGUUCGUCCCUUGGGUAAAGAAAAGGAUUCCUGUCUGUCUUGAUCCUUUGUCCUUGAAGGAGUUAUUAGUUAGAUUUUAAUGGAAGUCAAACACGAAUUGGAGUGAUUUUAUGGUAAAUAGAGACUUUUGUAUGUGGGUGUUAAUGGUGAAUAUGCUCGGAAUUGAACUAUGCAAAAUGAUUCAAAUCUACUUUCGAACAUGUAAUAGUUGAUGAUCUGUAUUUAAUUGAAAACAACUGUGAAUCUGGCAUACUUUUAACCACAUUGAAAUUUCAGACUUAAAUUCUAUAUAUUUAAUAUAAUAAAUAUCAAGAAUUCUUAUAAAAAUGACAAUCAAGCAAAAGAAAUUGGUCACCAUCAAGUGCUGCUUUAGGGCUUUUACAUUAACCAGCCGUGGUGCUCACAUUCUUGGCGCCCUGUCUGUCUCUCUUCGAAAUUCCAGGAGCUUUCUAAUUUUAAAGCUAUUCGUUUAAAGCCAUUGUCAAGAUGCAGAAUGACGAGGGACAGAACAUGGACCUUUACAUCCCGAGGAAGUGCUCUGCCACUAACAGGCUGAUCACUUCCAAGGAUCAUGCAUCUGUUCAGCUCAAUGUUGGCCAUUUAGAUGAGUUUGGCCGAUACACUGGCCAGUUCACAACUUAUGCUCUCUGUGGAUUUAUUCGUGCCCAGGGUGACGCCGAUAGUGCUCUUGAUAGGCUCUGGCAAAAGAAAAAAGCUGAAGUUGGACAACAAUGAGAGUUUUCUAUUUGCUUUUAUCAAUGCUGAAGUAAAGUAGACUAUCUUUUUCUCUCUUUGAUAUUCUUUCCCGAUUCUCCCCUUCAACCUUUGCUAUUUCAUUUCCUAGAAUCGAGCAUAAUGUGAGUCAUUUGUUUCUAAACUUUUGUGAGAUGAACACCAUAGCCGUAAAAAUCUUAUUUUUUCUCACUGCA